AGCUUCCAUCUGCCAUCCCCCGCAGUCGCGUCGCGGCAUCGCAGUUAGCCAUGCCGGUCUGCCCCGUUUGCUUCGAGGAUGCUGAGAGCGUGGAAUAUGCGACCAUGCACAACCACAGCUGGAAGAACCACGCCUGUGACGGCCAUGGCCUUUGCUGGCGCUGCCUCGCCCAGCACGUGGAGAUUCAACUCCUCGAGGGCCGCUACAACGUGAGGUGCCCGGGCGCUGCGGGCUGCAGCUACCGCCUGGUGUCUUUGGACGUGGGCCGCGCCCUCGAUGUGCUCGAGCGCGAGGAUGGCAAGGAGGAGGUCGUGGGGACGCUCAGGC